AUCCGAAGCCCGUGUGUGACGUGAACGCCUCCUUUACAACGCAGCCCUGGUUCUCUCUGGGCUACACGAAGAUGGACAGCGAGGUGCAGAGAGACGGGCGGAUCCUCGAUUUGAUCGACGACGCGUGGAGGGAAGAUAAGUUGCCCUACGAAGAUGUGGCAAUACCGCUGAAUGAGCUUCCUGAACCAGAACAAGACAAUGGUGGCACAACAGAAUCCGUAAAAGAACAAGAAAUGAAAUGGACUGACUUGGCCUUGCAGUACCUUCAUGAAAAUAUUCCUCCAACAGGAAACUAGUGUGCCUUUGAUACUUCUUGCUGUAAUUAAAAUGUUUCCAGCACUUCAUCCACA